AUGGCUUUGGAAGCAGAGAAAGACAAAUCGGCAAUCGUGCCAUCUGUUGAUGCGAAGGAGUCUGAAAUCUCUAAGCUCAAACAUGAGAUGGGCGAGAGAAUGGAAGACAUUGGACGUCUGAUAUCGCAUCCAGCUGCAAAGCGUGACGAGCUCCGACGCCAUGCGACUGCUACACAACACCAGCCAAAUUCAUGUAGCAGCCGUGUGCGACCGCCAUUUGGUCAGGAAUUGGAUGUACCAAUAAAUCAUUCACGAUGUCCAAAAGCUCUUCAACCAGGCUCGAUCAGGGCAAAGGAUCGCGAAGUAUUGUUUCAACGCGUAUUUGGUCCAGAUAUGAGUAAAACUCGUGGGUUUAACGUCGUAGAAGAACUCAUUUUGUCCUGCCCCCACGUUUAUAAUGUGUCAAUUAUAGCAUACGGACAAACUGGCACUGGAUAA